UGGUGCGUGGAUGGCUCAGUUGUUAGAGGUGCUGACUACAGACCCAAGAGUCCGUGGUUUGAGUCCCUCACAUGACUGAACUUUCACUCAGAGUGGAGAGAGUCAGCAGCUCUCUAUAAUUCUAGGCGUAGGAAUCAUGAGGUGUGAUCACAUCAAGAGGAAGGACCGGGACACUGCUCUAUAAACAUAGCUACCUUUGGAUGCCAGAACUAGAAGUCCAUGAAAUAUUUGAUAUUGAGUGCCGAACCAACGAAGAUUACUGGGCACUGAGGAUGUUAGAAAUGUACCAGCAGCUUUCAUGGCUGAUUGAGGGGGCGACUGUCAGGGAGCUGUCAAUCUUUGGGAAUGUAUGGGAAGACGAAUUGUUUGUAAAUGGAGUUAUUGAUGAAAUCAAGCUGGAUGGGAACAAAAGACUAGAAAUUCAUGAACUCAAAACAAGAACAGUAAAGAAAAUGCCUGCAAAGGCACAACAAACAAAGGACAAGCUACAGGCCAUGAUAUACAGAAAGCUCGUACACGAUUUGUUAUUUCGUAAAUGUGGUCUCCAAGCCCUGAAAAAGCACGUGCCUUUGAAUUGGAAUCUAGUGUUGAAUUAUAAUUUGCAAAUGUAUGCCAACGAACUUUUAGGUCCAUGCUCAACGUUGAACGAAGUUUUCAAAAUCUUUGACGGUUUCUUGAGAUUUGUUAAGUUCCCAGAACUUGGCAGUGCUGUCAUAGAAUAUUGCUAUCAAAGGGACCAUUCCAAUAUUGGUUUUAACAAGUAUCAGUACGACGAGAUGUGGUUACGUAGCACCAUAUAUCAUCAAUUAGACUACAUUUUGGGAAGGAGAGAGCCGGUUGGGGUGGACAUCGAAGAAGCUUGGAAAUGCGGGCGAUGUGAUUACUACGACUCAUGCGCAUGGAGAAAAACAGAGGAAAAGAAGCUUAAAGAAAGGAAUACAUCAAACUUCACCCACAAUUGCACAUAUCCAAUGUCUAGCUGUUCUUCUUCCGUAUAAAAAACCAGAGUAUAAGCAUAACAGACUCUAGCUGUUUUUCUUUCGUGUAGAAACCAGAGUAAGCGCUUAGCAAGAAUCUAGCUGUUCUUCGUUAUUGUAGAAACCAGAGUAAGAGCUUAGCAAGAAUCUAGCUGUUCUUCUUCCGUAUAGAAACCAGAGUAAGCGCUUAGCAAGAAUCUAGCUGCUCUUCGUUAUUGUAGAAACCAGAGUAAGAGCUUAGCAAGAAUCUAGCUGUUUUCGGUAUUGUAGAAACCAGAGUAAGAGCUUAUCAAGAGUCUAGCUGUUUUUCGGUAUUGUAGAAACCAGAGUAAGAGCUAAGCAAGAAUCUAGCUGUUCUUCUUCCGUAUAGAAACCAGAGUAAGCGCUUAGCAAGAGUCCAGCUGUUUACCUUUCGUGUAGAAGCCAAAGUUAGAGUUUAUUAAUCCAACAAGAGCAGGGAAAGACGCUCAAAUGAUUUGUUAUGAAUCUCCCUUAUGAUAUUAUUUAUGUUUUAGGCCAUUAAACUUUGGUAACAGGGUAUUCGGUAAGAGAGCCCUGAAAAUGUCAAUACUUUUGAUGAAAAUGUCCUCAAACUUUGGUGACCUUCCUAGAAAUGCAAGGAAACAAGGCAAACGUUGGACGUGGUUCUGAAAUUUCUUUUGUCUUAAAUGGCCUUCCUCCUUGACAAUUUGUUCGCCAUUGUUUUUGGGCUUUGAUUGUCCCUUGCGGAAGGAUGAAUAAAUUUCGAUAAGUUUGGUUGAGCCGUGAAUCAAAUGAAUGUGUUAUGGGCUAAUAUUAUGCUGAUGUCAUAUACGCCAAAACGUUUUGUCUAUCUACAAGUAGCGACUUUUACAGGAGAUACCUAUUUCUGUAUGUUUAAUUAAUUUGAAACUGGAAGGGAGCCAAGUCUCUAGAAACCACCAAUAAUAUGGUUCAGAUCAUGAAGCUCUUUUUAGUACUCUUUUUAACUAACGUAGAUUAUUGUAAACUCUAAAAGAAUAAGUGUCAUUUUUAAGACCGUUUCUUAAAAAACUCUGUCCAUGCUCUUUUAGGAAUGCACCAAGUAUUACAUAUUGGCUCAACAAUUCCUGAUUUUUUAUUUGCGGCAAUAAGAUAAGCCCGAAUUUUGUUCUAUUUAAAAGUAAGAAGAAUUCAAGGUAGCUGAUUUCCUUGCCAAUUUAAUAUUAACGAAUUAUUUGUUAUCAGUUGGUUUUGAGAUGGAAAGGAACAAAAGAUUGCAUUUAGAUUGAUUUUCUAUGACAUUUUGAUCGAUUUAUAUGGAAGAGGAGUUCAACGAGCCAUGUUUGACGUCCUCCUUGUUGUUUAGAGGUUAAAGAGAUAUAAUAACGAAAUACCCACAAAACGACUUUGGUAAAUGUUCUAAGUGAUUCCAAUUUGUGUUGCUCCCACAUGUAAUUGAUAUCUUUGGAUUUCAGUUUUAUAGUUCGCUUUGUAAUGCAAGUCCUCUGAAUAUUUGCGGCACAAUUUUUUUUAUGAGAUAAGCAGAAUAUUCCUAAACUUCAGAUUUCUUACUGAAAACAAUUAACAUUUAUGGAUUAUGUGCCAAGAAGAUCCUCAUGUAACAAAUCUAUUGGGACACUCUCUUGCAACAACAACCCAAGUGAUACAGUGUUGGUUCAACUUUUGCUUCUGAUCUUUCCCACUUUAUGUUAUACAUAUAUUCUUUUGAUAGUUUGAAUAAAAUUUGUUAUUUUCUGAAUUGCAGUUUUAUGGUUCGUUCACAAUUGAAUUCGUUUAUAUUUCAUUCGUUGUAUGCUAUUAGAUUAAUAAUAAAUCGUUAGUAGAAUUUAAAAGAGUUUUGUUCAUGUUGCAAGUUAAGGGCCAUCUUGGCCUAUAUACUUAGAUAUUUAGAUAAAACCCGACAGCUGAGAGAUAAAAGAAUUGCUUUCAAAGACUCUUCUAAUUGGUCAAAAAAAAGACUUGAUGUACAUUUUU